UUUCUCACAGUUCUUUGAGACAUCCGAGGAUCCGCCUUGAGAACGGUGAUCACGUGACAAGUGAUCACAAUUGAACCCAGCGCGCGAUUAUAUCGCAUUCAAGUACCAGAGAGCAGUCAGCUCGGAGGUGUGUGGGUAACAUUGGCGUGUAUCUCAGCUCUUUGUACUACGCAAACAUUGAAGAAAUGAAUACAAACAUGAAACACCGACUGGAUGCAGACAAGUCAGCUGUAAGCAUAAAGAACUUCUUAACGGCAGGAGUUAAUGGAGGCUCAAAUCCUAGGCGUACCCUACAAGCAAUUCAACCUACAGUGACAACCGGGCAGCUUGUUGGGAGGACCGCAGAGCCAGUCAAGUCUCUUCCAAAAAGGACAUUUUGCAGCACUCAACAGCCAAAAAGUUCAAAGAGGGCCAAAACUGAAGUGGCUGUGUGUACAGAGGACAGUGAAAAUGAGACUCGGCCAGAGGGAAUGACCAAAGAGACUUAUGAGCUUAUGGUCAAAGAAACUCCUCCAUCUACAUACUGGAAAGAACUGGCAGAUGAAAGGAGGGAAGCACUUCAUAAGGUUCUUCAAGAAAAUGAAAAGCUGCAUAAGAAAAUUGAGUUACAAGAUGAGACCAUCUCAAAGUUAAAGCAAGAAAAUGAAGAACUGGCUGAACUUGCAGAGCAUGUACAACACAUGGCCAGUAUGAUUGAGAGAUUAACUGGGAACAGUCCAGAUAACCUCAAAGUCCUUGGAGACCUUGAUGUAGAAGAACAAGAACACGAAGAUGAGAAAUACAUUAACAGUGAGGAUGAGGACGAAGACGAUAAGCUUUCAGAAAUUGAAAGUGACAAUGAAGAUGAUACAACUCUGCCUGAUUAAUGUUGUCAAAUCCAGUUAAACUAGACAAUUUGUUAUUUUUUUAAUAUAAAUUCUUAAAGGGACCAAUGUGGAAAAAAGCAUUUUGCAUUAGGAUUCACUCACUGAACCAGUGGGUCUGUAUCGACUUGGGCAGAGAACCUUUCCAAAGAUCAGCUUUUGCACGUUUUACAAAGGUUAACCGAGGUGAGAAUGAAUGGUUAACUUGGUGGGAAGUGAAGGCUUGGAUUCUCAUACUGCCGGAGGGACGUGUUCAGUCUUUUUCUUUUUGGAGAUAAGAAGUUGUUCAUGCAUUGUAUGUGUUAAUGCAGGGGUUGCCAACCCAGGUUCUGGAGAGUCGUGGGGUCUUCUCAGAUGGAACGAAAACCAUUUCUCAAUUACUUGAUUUGAAACAAUUUUCUUUUAUUGGUCAACACUAACAUUGUUUCCAGGUCUUUAGUCAUUGCUUUAAAGACACCCAGAAAACCUGCAGCAUUGUGGCUGUCCAGGAUCAGCGUUGGCCACCCCUGUGUUAAGGUAUAAAUUGUGGCCUGCCAAUACAGGUUUAACCAGCUGUGAACAGUUAAAUAUGUAUAUUUUGAAAUUGUACAGUUUUAAUGCAUGUUUAUCUAAACACAAAAAUAAAAUUGGUGAUUCUCAAUAUUCUUUAAUUGGUUUGAUGUGCUUUUACAUGGCUUGUUAUACUUUGACAUUUAGUCAAUAUACUGGUGCCAAGUAACCUAUAACUGCACUUUUAAUAUAUAACCGGAGAAGUCUGAAGAUUAUUGUAUAAAAUCCUUUAGAUUGUUGAGUAAGUUUCUUGCAAAGCCACGUUUUAAUUUUAAAUUAUUAGACAUGCAACAUACUAUUUAAAUAGGUUAUUAGGUUUUUUUUAUCAAGUGGUGUUUCAAACAACUCUGACAGGUAAAGCUAUAAAAAUGAUAUCCAUAGGCCAUAAUCCUCAAACAAUUACUGGUACUAAUUUUACUAUUUAAUCUUUUUUUGGUGGGAAGUACAGUACUUCCUAUGCCAAAGUUGUAAUUUUAUAGAAGCAAAUGUUAUGUGAUUCAUAUUCUCUCUGGUAAUCCUUGUCUGGGACUGUGUUUAACCUUCCUUGGAAAUGUCUGUAGUUAAUUUGGGGCUUAACGUUCUCAACUUGGACCAAAAAAAAUGGUACAGAAGUGAACAUAUAAUUGCAGUGUUCCAAAAUCUGGUUGUUAUAUCCAAAUAAAAUAAGUGUAACUACUGAAUUGA